GUGAAACGUGUUGGCCAAUAGGAAUACCGAAGGGCGGGGCUGAACUCUCUCAACGCUGUCAAAGAAUUUCCUCAUGGAUUUGCGGUCUUACAGUUGUCAUGUUUUGAGUUGUGGGAAUGUGUUUAAUUUGGAUAUUGUGAUCGACAGUGCGGUGAUGUAUGAACGACUUUCGUUUAUAACUUAUUUAAUACCUCUCUGUUGACAUCACUGCCUUUACCACAUCCAUGUGUGAUCAUCGAAACUUCAUUGCUGCUAACUUAUUUCUCAGUUAUGAUGAAUACGUAAACAGUCCCGCGGUAGAUUCAGCCUUGACCGGGACUCGCUGACAAGGAUGCUUUUGGUUUGACACUGAAUAAUUUGGAUGAAAGGACACUUGUGGAUUCUUCAGGGAGAUAAACAGGUUUUAUUCCAGCAUGUCCCGGAGGAAACAGGCUAAGCCACAGUAUGUGCUCAUUGAUCAUAUGAUGGUGAAUGACCCCACUCCAUCCCACGAUGUCCAUAUGUGUGAACAAUGCUGUGCUGAAUUUUCCAGUAUAACAGACCUCUAUCAACAUCAGAAAGACUGUUCAAAAGACCAGUUAGUUCUAAUAGUAAGUGAAAACGAAAGCCUAGAUUCUCCACCUUCUGGCCUCACAAUCAAUUCAUCUUUCUUCAACACUGAGGAGCAUUUGAAUGGAGUGACAAGUAAUGACAGCACAGAGGAACAUUGUGACUUUUCUAAUGGCAAAAUAUCAGUGGAUGUUGACGAAUCCUUACACAUAUUUGAAAACAGCAGUCAUGAUGUUGCCAAAAAGUCUAAUUUACAUCAUGAUAACGAAAACUAUGCUGAUGGCUUUAGCUCUGCAUACUCAGCUUUACUACCUCAAGAGAGUACUUUACUUGAGUUAUGUAAAUUAUCAGCCAUUAAUAGCAAUGUCUUCAUUGAGAACCUAGAAAACACCAAAGUUGCUGUUGCUCAGUUCUCACAGGAAACUAGUUUGAAUCCAAAGACAAGUUGCAGGAACUCUAGCAACAUCAAAAUGGCCUCCUCUAGUUUGGUUGAGCAGCUGUUAUCACUGCAGGAACAGCAGGUGCAGCAACUAAAACUAAUAGAAGAAAUUCGACACCAAAUAACGUUAUUAGUAACCCAAAAUUCUAAUACACCUUUGGCCACACACACCUACAAUGGUCUCUCUCAAACCAGUUCACUGAUAAAACUCAGCUCACACCUCUCAGAACAACUCACAGCAGCUGCUGGGCUAGUGGAAAACCUAACUGCUAAUGCUAAUCAGUCUAAACAUGUUAUUUCACAAAACAACCAAGAUGGUUUAAGAGGUGAAAAAGGAAACUCCCAAAUGGCUGAUAAAAAUAGAGACAACCCUUUGCCAUCAAAGGUUGGUAGUGAUCGGUGUAGUAAUCGAUCUUUGCAAGGUAACACAGUCAGUGAUAAAGUUGAUGGCACAGCUCAUUUAAAAACACCUUCACCAUCUCCUGCUUCAUUUGCUGAUGGGAUUCUAAACAAACUCAAAUUGCCCCAUAAACAAAACAGCUUUCAUAAGUUUGAAAACUCCUUGCCUAGUAUUGGGGCAAUUGUAGAGGACCUGAAUGCUCUGACUGCCCUCGCCCAACAUAGGAAAGUCAAACCUCUCAAUGUGAGUUUAUGUGAACACAAGAGACAAUCUGAAGAUUGUAUAUUCAAGCACAAAUGCAGGUUCUGUGCCAAAGUAUUUGGAAGUGAUAGUGCUUUGCAAAUACACCUACGGUCUCACACUGGAGAGCGACCCUACAAAUGUAACAUAUGUGGAAAUCGAUUUUCCACCCGGGGAAAUCUCAAAGUCCAUUUCCAACGUCACAAGGAGAAGUAUCCUAACAUACUAAUGAAUCCUUAUCCGGUUCCAGAGCAUUUAGAUAAUGUCCUAACCAGCACAGGUAUUCCAUUUGGCAUGUCUCUGCCUCCUGAGAAUCCUGCUCCUAACUGGUUGGAUAGUAAACCUUUAGUGGGCAACUCACUUGGCUUUAUGCUUCCAUCAUCUUUGCCAAGUCUUCGACCCAUCAUUAAAAAAGAGGAGGAAAGCGUAUCAAUAACCAAACCUCAUAGUCCUGUUGUCAGUGAGGUGUGUGAGAGAAGUAAUGGGCAGUUUGGUAGUAGUCCUCCUCUAACCUCAGAUGAGAAAUUUCAAGAGGUUACACAACCCUUGACCAUCGCUACCUUACUAAGCUCCUCAGGGGAAGGUUCAAAAUACGACAUUGCUAUUAAUACCUCUGUCAAUACAAACUUAAUAACUGAGCUAAAAUCGGAGCAGCUUGAAACCAAAUUUCUUUUUGGAAGUCUUCCAAAUCCCCCUGGAGCAUCUGAGACUUCAAAGCUGGAGCAGUUGGUGGAGAACAUUGACAAGAGGUCUACUGAUCCUAAUGAGUGUGGAAUCUGCCACCGGGUUCUUAGCUGUCAAAGUGCCCUUAAAAUGCAUUACCGCACCCAUACUGGAGAGAGGCCAUUCAAAUGCAGAGUGUGUGGACGGGCUUUUACAACUAAGGGCAAUCUGAAGACACACUAUAGCAUUCAUCGUUCCAUGCCACCUCUUAGAAUACAACAUUCUUGCCCCAUAUGCCAAGAAAAGUUUACAAAUGCAAUGGUUCUACAGCAGCAUAUCCACAUGCAUAUGGGUGGCCACAUUCCUAAUGUCCCACUGCAAGAUAGCUGUGCAGAACCCAUGGACCAGGACACUGACUCUGUAGAUGGUAGGACCUUGGAAGUGGAUGCCUUCCCCAAUGAAGACAUAGACAUUAUGGAAGGUGUAUCUGAUUCUAAAUACCAAGACUCUUUACCGGACAGUCUAUGUUCUUCAACUGCUUCUUCUGUGUUUGCCAGAGGAACUGAGUCAGAGAGUCAGAUCACAGAUGUGGAGAAUUUGUCAAACAUCAAUAAGUUGACUAUGAGGAAUGGAUCAGUGAAUAGAGACUGCUUAACCCAGAGAUCAUCUUCACUAAAUAGGGAUCAUGAGAGUUUAAGGAGGAUUUCUACCAUCACUGAGACAAAACCCUCCUGGAACCCUUCGUCCCCCAAUUGCUCUACGUAUGAAAUGCAAGGAUACACUACAACUGACCGAAACCUGAAAUCUCCUGAAUCAAACAACUCAAGCCUACAGCCUAAUCUUACAGUGUGUAGUUUACUUGACGAAACAUCUGGAGAUAUACCAAAAGAUAGCAUGACCAUGAUUUUACCCUUCAAUGAGCGGGGAUCCCUAAAAAGCAAUGUUUGUGAUAUUUGCAACAAGACGUUUGCCUGUCAAAGUGCUUUGGAUAUUCACUAUCGAAGUCACACCAAAGAGCGCCCAUUCAUCUGCACUGCGUGCAACAGAGGGUUCUCAACCAAGGGUAACCUUAAACAGCACAUGCUUACUCACCAGAUGCGAGACUUACCUUCACAGUUGUUUGAGCCAUCAAAUCAGAUCCUAAUUUUCCCACCAAACCAGUUUCUACCCUCCAUGGAACCAAUUAAAAGAAUUGAACACAAUGGGCUCAUUAAAAAAGAUCCUAAAGAUUCACCCACUGGUAUAGUUAGUUCAACAGCUUCCACAUUACCUGUACUCUCUACACCAACAUUACCAGCAGCACCACUUCGACGAACAGCUAAACAGCACUUCUGUCACACUUGUGGGAAGACCUUCUCUUCUUCAAGUGCACUGCAGAUUCAUGAAAGAACCCACACUGGUGAGAAACCCUUUGCCUGCAACAUAUGUGGACGUGCAUUUACCACUAAAGGAAAUUUGAAGGUUCAUAUGGGAACUCACAUGUGGAGCAGUUCUCCAGCCCGACGAGGUCGCAGGCUUGAUGGUACAUUCCUUAGAUCCAAUUCUGAGCGAUUUCAAGACGCUCCCCCAAAAGAUGUUGCGGAUAAAGUGCGUAACGGGAACUCCAUAGGUCUCUGGAGCCAGUAUACCUCCCUCGCUAGUGAAUUGGGUGUGAGGACAAAUGAAAUACCUGUAAUUCAGAAUGGUGCCAUACCUCACCUGUCAAUUUCUGCUGGGCAUCUGGAAAACUUAGAAAAAUUACAACUCAGCAGAGCUUUACCUUGGCUUGAGAGACUGAGCGAAAAUGGUGCAACGUUUCAUUUCCGCCAAUUGGUUGAAGACAAUAAAACAACAGCGACGGAUUGAAUUUCGUCUUUUAGGAUGCAAACCCUUAAUUUAAAUGUGAUGCAAUUUCAUAGGUGUGCUGUUUCAUUAGGUUAUUUUGUACAAGUGUACCCUAUGUAGUGACAUUAUUAACAAUUCUGCUGUUGGUUAAUGUUGCCUAGUUUGGGUAGAUCUUCAGAAGUGAAGUAGUGUUCAUUGUAUUGUAUGAAUUAAUUUGAUGCUUUUUUGUUGUUGUUUUGCUGAGGAAGAUAUUAAGUAUUGUUAAUAUGCAGCUAUGAUAUAUUACUUUAUAGCAUUUAAGAUUUUUUAAAUAAAUGAAGGUAUUCAUGCAGAGCAUUUGCUAAACACUUGGUUGGAAUAGGUUUUGUAAUGAGGUACAUUUGUAUUAUUUAAUGGAGAAAUUAAUCCCUAUUUCUUUAUCAAAAACUAUUUAUCAAUCAGUGUUUCACAAUAAUAUCAUUUGUGCUUGAAUUGUGUGUUCUAUUUAUGCUUACAGUAUUUACAUUGUUAAUGUAAACAACACUAAACCAUACUAAAACUGUUUUUAUUUUUGUAUUGUUUAAAAAAAAAACUCUGUACAUUUAAAUUGUUACAUUGGAGGAACUAUUAUGUAUGACGUCAGUUCAUGUUGUGGCAUCAUGUCUUGAAUGUUAUGACAACUGCAAGUUCUCAAAGCCAUUUUUCCAUUUUAACUGUCAUUUGGCUUAUACAAAGCACAAUCAUUUCACUUCCCAAUUGAUUAAUAAAAGGAGUGUGCUUUCAAAAUUACUCAUAUUUUACUUUUAAGUUGUACCAUAUGAGUGUGUAUAUCUUCAAGCACCUGUCUCCUCUUCCAGUGAUUUACUUUUAACAAAGAAAUGAUUCUUUCCCUACUUCCACACAAGCAGAAUUCAUGCCCUUUCUCUACUGAUAAAAAUCUAGGUCACCUUGUCCUCUGCAUUUACAUUUCAAUAAACUUACCAAUAAUAACACAUUGUGUUAAUACGCAAUGAUCUUUGCCAAUGGAAGAUGAUACUUCUACAACCAAAUAGAAUAAUAGAGGCCAUUCAUCGAGCAGGUACGACUCAUCAGCUCUACCUCAUGUCCGUAAACCAUACAGACAGAUGGUCAGCAAUGGUUUAGCAUUUCUUGUGUGGAUUUCUGUUUGAUAUAGGUGAUAAAAUGCUUUAUUAGAACAUUUUGAAUGUUGUGGUUGUUUUACUGUGGUAGUUGUCAUGGCAAUUAUGAUAUGGCUACUUUUAUAAUUGUAUUUCCCAUAGCUGUCAGUCAGAGGGAGCUGCCCCUAGUGAGUUUUCUUCCUCAUUUUACCCAAAAAAGCUCAAAAAAAGUCCAACAGAUUACUUUAAUGGUGCUGUUAUGGUGUCUCUUGACCUUAUUAGGGCUUGCCAGAUGUAGUCUUGAUAACAUUAUUAAAACUAUUAUAGGGCAUAAAAAUGAGUGGUCCAUUGUGUGCAGAGCACCUCCAUAGUUACACAUCCUACAGAGUUGCUUUAGUAUGACCAAAAACAUCUGACUCAUUGAGGUCUGUUGAGUAAUAUAUCCAUUGAGUGUCACCACAAUAAUAUUACAUACUAAAUCCCUCAUUGAAUAAGAUCUGCCCUCUUAACUGUCAAAGUCCAUUAAACACCCUUCCCAGAGCAGCGACCAGCUGACGGGAACCCAACACCAUCCCGGCUGCCACCAUUAGCAUUAUAAAAUGAGCAAACGGCUAGAAUGAAGCUCAAGGGAGUACAAAGCUCUCCAGAUACAUAUCUGAUUCAAACAGAUGGGAGGCACUGGAGGUGUAAGCAGGUGGAUAAAGACCUGAACAGUGAACUGGGUGAAGAUAUAGAGUUUAGUUGAUGUUGUACAUCCCCAGAUCUCCCAGAUACAUGGGUGUUGCCAAAAUGGUAGCUUGAGCUUUUCCUAAAACAGAUAUGAAAAUUACAAUAUGAAAGUAUUUCACUUUAAGUAUGAAACAUUUCUUGA